AUGCCAAUGAACCAUGGCCAAAGCCAACAAUCCACAAGGUGGUAUAGGCUAUGCUUUAUGCCCACAAGUGAUAGUUCAGAUGAUUCUGACACAGAAUCUGUAGUCAUAGCUCCAAGUACUUCAACUCAAACUAGUACAUGGCAACAACCUUCUCCACCACAUCCAGAACCUGAUAUCAACUGGCUUACUCUUCCAUCGCCACCACCGCCGCCUUUUUUCACACUAUUAACACCACUACAAAGGUCUUCACAAAUGCCAUCACUAUCACCACCACUAUCACCACCACCAAAUCCAGAACCUCAACUCAACUCGAACUGGUAUUUUCAACCAGUGCCUCAUCCUCUUAGUUUGUUUACACACCUGGAGGCUGCAAACUCAGAACCUCGAAUCAACAUGCAAUCUUUACAACCACCACUGUCUCCUCCUCCGCCACCACUAUCACAGGAUUCAAGGGUUACUAUAUAUCCCUUUACUGAUAAUGUUUUCCCUCCCUUGAUCGACCAAGUUCGACCUGGUAUCAAUCAAAGCGAGUUCUUUAGAAUUCCAGAUAGUGUCAUCAAUGCCAUUCACAUGGUGACAGUCUCAGAGUUGCAUGAAAGAGAUGAACUCUCACAGUGUCCUAUUUGCAUGGAGGAAUUUAAACUGGGCGAUCAGGCAUGUCAGUUAGCCUGCAACCAUAGGUACAAGUUUGAAUGUAUUCUUCGAUGGCUUAACAACAACACAACCUGUCCUGUUUGCAGACUUCAGUUAGAGGGUUUUGUUGGACAAGAUAGUUGUUAUAACAUAAAUGAUAAUGGUGGUGAUGAUGAUGAUGACGAUAGUUUAGACCUUGAACCUCAAAUUCCACCACCACAAAUAAAUAUUAUUUUGGAAGACCUUUUUCAGUUUUCACCACUUUCACAAGUUACAGAAGAUGGUGCAGAUCACAACUCUGAUGAAGGUGCCUAUGACAGUGCAUGUGAUGACUUAGGUGAUGCUCAUGAAGAUGGAGAAUGA